AUGGAACGAGUGAACGGCUUGGCGAAAGUGAAGCGCCGGUCAGGACGUGGAUCAUCCAUUCCUGAGCCGUCGUCGCGCCCGGGCGGGUGGUGCUGCCCCGUGCCGCCCAUCCCCGGUAUCGUCCAGGCGCUGCUCGUCGCAUAUCUCGCUCACCUCGUCCGCGAGCACAGCUGGCUGUUUCCCCUGCUGGUCAUCAGCCUGGGCGCGCUACGCUGGGCUCAGAUCCUGUGGGGCGUGUCCGGCCUCGGCAUCUCGCUGCCUUGA